AUGGCAGAAUCCCGAGCUCCCUCUGUCAUUUUUGAUAUUCCUGAAUCUGCCGCUUCUCUCAAUCCAGUAAGAUUUCAUUCAGAUAGACAUGGGAAUCAUAACGUUCAUGGACCUAGUUUUUCUGGCUUUAAGAAGAGAGGUCAUAAUCUUGGAAGUCGUUCUUGGAUAAAGAUUGAUCAGACUGGCAAUUCAAAAGUUUUGGAACUGGAUAAGUUUACCGUAAUGAGGCAUUGCUCUUUACCUUCUCGAGAUCUCAGGCUUUUGGACCCAAUGUUUAUCUAUUCUUACACGAUAUUAGGUCGAGAGAAGGCUAUUGUCAUUAGUCUCGAACAGAUUAGAUGUAUAAUCACAGCUGAUGAGGUUAUACUAAUGAACUCACUUGAUGGGUCUGUGCUACAGUACAAGUCUGAAUUGUGCAGACGCCUUCAGACAUCUAAAGAUCAACCUGAUGAGCUGCCUUUCGAAUUCAAGGCAUUGGAGCUUGCUUUGGAACUAACAUGUACGUCCCUUGAUACUCAGGUGAAAGAACUAGAAAUGGAGAUAUAUCCAGUACUUGAUGAAUUAGCGUCAUCAAUAAGCACUCUCAAUCUAGAGCGGGUGCGUAGAUUCAAGGGCCACCUCCUUGCCUUGACCCAGAGAGUACAAAAGGUUUGUGAUGAAAUCGAACAUUUGAUGGAUGAUGAUGGAGAUAUGGCUGAGAUGUAUUUAACGGAGAAGAAAGAAAGGAGGGAGGUGCUGGCCAGGAGUGACCUAUAUGAUCAAAUCAGCACUUCUCAAAAUGUAAGGGUUGUAUCGAACUCUGCACCCGUUUCUCCAGUGGGAUCAUGUAGUGGAGUGCGGAAACUGCAAAGAGCUUUCAGCAGCAUUAGUUCUAGUAAACAUGGAAGUUUCCUAAGUUCAUCUAGUGGUGGAGAAAACAUCGAUCAACUUGAAAUGUUACUGGAAGCAUACUUUAUAGUCACUGACAACACACUCAACAAGUUGCUAUCGCUUAAAGAGUAUAUCGAUGAUACGGAGGAUUUGAUCAACAUAAAGCUGGGAAAUGUUCAGAACCAGCUGAUCCAAUUUGAGUUGCUUCUGACGGCUGCUACUUUCGUAGCUACUGUAUUUGCUGUUGUAACUGCUGUUUAUGGAAUGAACUUCGAGGAUUCAACCUUUGAUAACCCGUCUACAUUUUACUGGGUUCUUAUCAUAACUGGAGGAUUCUGUGGAAUGUUGUACUUUGCCUUCUUGAUUUAUUUUAGGCACAAGAAAGUAUUUCCUUUGUAG